AUGAAUGGUGAUAUAAGUCGAAUUCCAAUUCAGUCAUUUGGAGCAGUCUUUAGCUUGACGGACAUAUUGCCAGAACUCCCUCUACCAUCUGCCUUUCCACACGGAUCUAGUAGUGACAGCCUUCUUGCUGAUCCAGAAAUUUCAAACGAUGUCAUGCGAUGCCUUUGUUCUAAAGAUGAAAAUCUGAUUGGUAGCAUCACUGAAGCCCUGUCCAAGGUUUCGACGGACAAUAUUGAUCUCGAUGAUGACAAUGCGACUGAACCCGUCGAGAACCCCACUCUUCCUCCAGUCCUCGUAUCUGUGCUUCAAAGAGAUGCUUCUAUAUUUCGUUCGAAGUCAAACUCCUGCAUGCGUAUUAAGUCAAAUUCUUUCAAUUUCAGUCGCGAUAUUCAGCAGAACUUAAAUGAUUCUGACAUUCGUAAUCACGCAUUUGACGAGGAGUCUGCAUCCCCAGGAAAGCGGAAGCAUAAGAAAAAAAGGCGAAAAAAACGAAGGUUGGAAUAUGUAAAUCAGGAGGCCUCCAGUGGGGGAGAGUCCAAUGCUGCUACACCUGGUGGUUCUGUAAGCGAUGAUCAUUCGAACGACGCGGAUGAUUCUACUGCACUAACUCCCUACGGCGUCAGCGUUGAUGUCAAACCUGAUGAGAAGAAGAUCCUGCUUAAGUUCUCGCUCAAACGUCCCACAACCAGCGAGGCCAAUGCGCCAUUGGAUUCUUUAUCUAGAGACCGAAAGGAGAAAAAGCAUAAAAAGUCUAAGGACCGUGGAAGGAAGCGGCAUCAUAGCCGAGACAAGGGGUUCUCCCUAGUGGAUAGUGUGAGUCGCGUUGAGCCGCUUCUUCCGUCAGCCAAUGGAGUUCCUAUGACCGCUAAACCGGUCCUUGUGUCCUCUCCAAGUGCGACAAGGGAGCCAUUUAGUCUCAAAUCUUCGGUCUCAGCCCCGCAUUCCCCUCAUCCUGCGGUUGGUCGGAUCGGGAGUCCGGACGCCAAUCCACCGUUCGAUUUACAAGGCGUCUUUGAUCAAGUUAAACCCGAUUUCGCUGUGUUCCACGAAAACUUCUUAAAGGGCUUGCCUCAAUCUGUAAUGGCCCAUUCCAAUUCCCCAAAUCACCCUCCCAACUCCUCCGCACUGAAUUACACCGACUUCCUAGCCGCUGAUUUGCUUUCUGUCACAAAUCUUUCUCCCCCUAUUGCCCACCCUCCUGCGGUGCAAGGUAGCGGUGAUAGUAGUGUUUAUCGGGGUUCCUUCAUGAUCGCUUCACACCUCGAGUACGAUACGAAGUUACCUGGAAAUUUCCUGGAGCACAUAUCCGACCUACAAAAUGCGUCGUUGGACAUUUCGACGCACACUAAGCCUCCUGAACCUAGCUUUUCUCAAGCUAUCCCCCUGGGUUUAGCGAGCUAUCUCAAUUCCAGUAAGCCACAAUCAUCGACCUCCAUGCCCGCACCAGUUGCCAAAGUUGCUCCUGCUAAGCCCGCAGCUAGACGGAGAGCUCCUGUAUCCAAAAGACGAAGAUGUAAUGAGGUGGAGGGUUUGCGCACUUGGACGGUCAAAUACCCAGGUCAAAGAAAUUCCGAUAGGAAUUCGGAUGAAUCUUCGGCCUGGGAUGCCGCGGUUGAUCGGCAGGCUAACUACUUGCGUAACAAACGUCGACGCAUGACCAGGCAGCCCACGGCUCUCGCUGCCGAUUAUGUUUUGGAAAAUGACAAAGACUACCCCAAACCUCUUCCGCGUCGAAGUAGUGCUGAAGAUAUGGUUGCAACGGCGGAGGUUGGUAGCAUCGAGGAUUCUACAUUGGAUGCUGAAGAUCCUAUUGCAGUCUCGUUGCGUUCGUCUCGAAUGGGUCUUGGAGGUGUCAGUGGUGCGGGUGCUAGUCGUUGCUCUUACGUUGGGAUGGAUGGUGACACUGAGGAUGUACCCGAUGAAGAAUGUUAUAAGGACGGCGGUAGUGUUCGAAGGCGUCGAAGACCUGACGACGAUGAUGCACCGUUUGAGGUUCGCAUUAAAGAGCCAGCCGAACAGAGGUUUCCGCACUUGCAGAAGGUCGCUGCGGAGCACUCUCGGCCAGUACGGGAGCGCGUUCAUCACAAGCUUCUAAACUCUUAUUCGGAGGUCGUGGGCUCUUCUGACGCCGCAUCAGCAAGUAGUUUAAAAAAAUUCCUCUCCCAUAUCGACCAUGUGCUCGAGGCUGUAGAGGAGGUGGAUCUUCUAGCCAGCGGAGACAGCGCCGGUGACGAUGGCGUCUUAGCGGAAGCUAUAAUUUCUCCUUCCAAUAUUGCGGAGCUGUGUCGUGACGCUGCGAAGCUGAAGAGCACGCAUGCGGCCAAUCAAGUUCCCACUGAUCGUCUUCUCAAAUUACUUACUCUCCUUUUACUCAACAUUCGUGACGGAGCGAGCGUCAUCCGCGUCGUUGGGGAUCAGGAGGGCAUGGAGAAAAUAUCCCGUUCUGUUGGUGCCAGUCUAAUUGCGUUGAAUUUGAUGACUUCUAAGGACAUGCCUCGCGAAAUCUAUUUGGAAGAUGUAAUAGAACAGGCGGUUCAGGUGACCCGUUUCCAGCUCUCCAAUUGUAUCUACCCGGAGUAUGACCCAGCCUACAGAAUUGAAAACUCAGCGAAGGACAAUCAGAGUAGCAUAAAGUCUCGGCGUGCUCGUGAGCGCGACACUCAUAAGUCACCUACGGUUGUCCAUCUUUACUACCGUCUUUUAGAGAUCGUCACAGGAUUGGCCGAGCUGGUUAGUAUUCAACGCCUCACUGAUAGUCUUGUGCUCUCACUCUAUUCCGUCGGUGUGUCAAUUUUUUUUGUGGAAAACGUCAGCGAAUUGCAAUUGGCGGGCCUUAAAUUGGUUACCGGGGUCUUCGCUCAGUAUCCUUUCUGUCGGAAACUUAUUAUUGAGGAAAUUAUCACCGGCAUUGCGCGUCUUCCCUCGAGUAAGCGCAAUCUCCGAACAUACAGGCUGAACUCCGAGGAGAGUAUUCAGAUGUUCACGGCCCUGGCGCUUCUCUUGGUUCAGUCAGUGAUUGAGCUGCCCACCUCAAGUGCUUCUAGCCAGCAGCGGGUGUCAGACGGUGCGAGUGCUGAAGACAAGUUGGAUAGCGGUGGAAAUGCAACUGGACAGAAUGCACCUGUUGUGCACAGGCCAGAUGAUGAGGUGCUGGUCACGAGUUCCUACAAAAAAGCUAUUAUCACAGCGCAUAAUUUCCUUUCCGCAUUUCUCAGGAAAUCAACGACUAAAGGCGAAGACGAUUAUCGGAUUAUAUUUGAGAACUUUGUUAACGAUCUCCUCCUCACUGUGAAUAAGCCAGAGUGGCCGGCGGCGGAAGUUAUGCUGAGCCUUCUUGGAAGCCUGCUGGUUCAGCAGUUCAACAAUAAAUCACUUGACCAGUCGAUCCGGGUGACCAGCGUUGACUACCUUGGUACAGUGGCUUCGACUCUGCGUCGGGACGCAGUGACGAGUCAGCUGAAGGAGCAUGACAUAAAUGUUAUUCUGCGUGAACUAACUGAAGGUAGUCAGUCGGAAAGCGAAGAAGAGGAUGAUGAAGAGGGGGGCGGUGGUGAUGCCGACAAAAAAAGCGUUAAUGAGGUUUGUUCCUCUUCAACCAAUUCAUUUUUGACUACGGACGUUCGAAAAGCGGGAGAGGGAUCUGAAGACGUAAAGGAUAUGAAAGAGGAAAAGAGAUCAAAAAUGAAGAAGUGUUUGGAAGUGAAUUUGUCUAAGAUGGAUAAAAUACUUGUUCUUCGAGACGCCGUUCUAGACUACCUUCUAGAAGACGAAUCUGAUCCUGUUGUAGUUUAUGCCUGCAAAUUCUACAUGGGUCAGUGGCUUGAAGAUUGCACCACAGAAGUUGAACGCGCACAUAAAGCUGCUGCUGAGAACCCUUCGCAGGAGUCAACGCAUCAGAAGCUGGGAGUUCGUCGUGGGAAGCGUAGUAAAAUUGACGACAUCGAGGAUGAGAAGGAAGCUGCUGCUCUCUCUGAUGUUGAGUUGGCAGAAUUGCGUCGUGCCUAUCUGAUGGAUCGUUUACGUGAUCCUCCUUCGGUUUGGCGAGCUCGUUGCCGUCCCAAGGUAGCUGGAAUGAUGCCCCCGACGUCAACCUCUGCUUCUAUCGUAUCUAAACAGUCACAAGCCCUGCGUGUCGUGUUCAAGGGCUCUAUUGAUUACGAGGAUGCCUAUCUCAUCUGUCGCUAUCUCGCUAGUCUUCGGCCGUUCUCUCAAAGCUUUGAUAUUUAUCUUUCACAGAUUUGCAAGCUUCUAAGCGAAUCAUCAGUUCCCGUUCGAACGAAAGCGCUACGAUGUCUUUCGGCCGUUGUGGAAGCGGAUCCUGGCGUGCUGGCACGUUCAGAUAUUGAGAUGGCCGUACGUUCUCGUCUUAUGGACAUUUCUACAUCGGUCCGAGAAGCCGCUGUCGAUCUUCUCGGUCGUUUUCUUAUCUGUCGCCCGGAACUCACCGCACAAUACUAUCCCAUGUUAUCGGAACGGAUUCGUGACAAGGGUGUAUCCGUACGGAAAAGGGUCAUUCGCAUCCUUCGUGAUAUCUGCGUAGAACAGCCAGAUUUUCCACGCAUCGCUGAAAUUUGCGUUAGGAUCAUUCGCCGUGUUAAUGACGAAGAGAGUGUGAAGAAACUAGUUAGCGAAGUCUUCCAGGCUCUGUGGUUCACUCCGGUUAGAGAGAAGGAAUCCGUAAAACUGUUGCACAAGGUUAUGAAUAUUACUGACGUAGUCGUUUCUGCUUCUAAGGAUACCGGGAUCGAAUGGUUGGAGCAGUUUCUUGAGGGUCUUUUGACGAAAGAAGAAGGUGAGAAGGUUCGUCCAGCGGAGAAAGCCUGUGUCCAGAUAGUGGAGUGUCUUGUCCAGAAUAUUAUGCGAUUAGAUGAAAUUCCAGGCCAGACCAAGCGUCUUGUGGCUUGUCUCGCCACUUUGCACCUCUUUACGAAAAUUAGACCCUAUCUCACUGUGAAACACGCAAUGUUGCUGCAGCCCUACCUGUCGGCUCAUGUUCCAGCCCCUGGGGCACCCGCACAACCAUCCUCGCAUCUAGACUCUUUGAUUCUUCACUACGUGGCGAGAAUACUUGAGGUUACCAUUCCCCUGAUUGAACACCCCUCGGAAGCAUUUUUGGCGCAGCUGGAAGAAGAUCUCGUUCGACUUACCCUCCGACAGGGCAAGAUGGUCCUCGAGUCGUGUGUUGCUUGCCUCGGUGCAGUGGUUAAUCGGGUGUCGAAAAAUUACUCUUUGGCAAUGGAAUGCUUCCGGGGUUUCUUCAAUGCAUUAGUCAAGAUUCGAAGGGAAUGCCUGACCUCCUCAGACAAGGCAUCAAUGCCGAAGCUACCGCGGGAACUUAGACCCUCUAUUUUACGCUCAUUGUUUACUGUGGGUUUGCUGUGCAAGCAUUUCGAUAUCAAUGUCUUCUCCACAGAUGCAGAACCGAAAACGCUUAACCAAGUUUUUGAAAUCCUCAUGUUUUUCUCGGAACGCAUGGUAUCCGACUUGGAGGUGCGUAAAAACGCUCUCUCUGGAUUGGGGUUUCUUUGCACGCGGCACAAGGAACUGCUCUGUGGGACACCUCUCUGCAAGUUCUACCAUGAACUUCUUCAAGCUCCAGCUGACCAUGAUGUCGACAAGUCGGCUGAUCUAGAGUUAAAAAGCCUUGUUUUGGAAAAUCUUCUCAGCUUUUUCAUGGAGGAGGAAAGGAGGAUGUUAGAACAGGAUGCUAGAUGGAAAGCUACGCACAAAGAGGAGUCUUUGAAGGUGAUGGGAGAUGUCGCCUCAGGCACGGGUAGCUACGUGGCGCAAUCUUACUUGAAGGAAAUUAUGGAGACCUUCUUUUCACCCUCUACCCCUGUCCGUUUGACCGCUCUUUCGGUUGUGACGACAAUCCUUCGACAGGGUCUCAUACAUCCCGUCCAAACGGUGCCUUAUCUUAUCGCCAUGCAGACAGAUUCGGAUGCCUCGACGCGCAUCAAAGCGGAGGCUCAGUUACAAGAGAUUGAAAACAAAUUUCCUGGCUUCAUUUACAUGCGUGCGAUAGAGGGUGUUUGCUUUUCAUACCGUCUUCAACGGGUACUGCAUUCGGCCUCAAAGAUUUCACAUGUAGAACGCAAGGGCUGUGGUGUUUAUGACACCUCUGAGACCAACAUCACAGCUACAUCACAGUCAACUUCUGUAAAGCCGUCACGUCGAAGUAGUGGAUGCAGCACCACCGACAACGGGGUAUCAGCCAAUGAGGGUAACAUCAGUGAUUCUGUUCUGGCCUCAGUCUAUCCCUUCGCAUGUCCUAUUCGUGGCGCUAGGGACGUGGAUUCUGAUGUCCCAAGUGCCCUCAACUCACAACUUUACUCGAUGCUACGGGUUAAUCGGACCUCUAGGCGAGCAUUUCUCAAUGGCCUGAUUAAUCUCUUUGAUGAGCUGCAGAAUAUCUCUCUGGGAAGGCUCGUCUACGUGGCCGAUAACCUCGCCUUCUUCCCCUAUCAAUGCCAGGCUGAACCUCUCUUUGUUAUUCAUCAUAUCGAUCUUCUUGUUAGUGUAAACGGCUCCACAAGACUUCAGGCAGUUCGUGAAGCUCUCUUCCCGGAGUUAAAGGAGCUUCUUGCAUCUCAGGCAUCCAUUAACAACGGCUUAAACAACACUAAUUCCUGGGCAGUAUCGGGUUUGGAAGGUAAUCGGUUGCCCUUUUCCAAGGAUUGCGCGGGCGUCGUUCCCAAUGUAGUAUCAGACUCACAGACUGUUCAACAAGUUGUGGUAGAUCAAGGGACUAGUAUAAAUGCAACGUUGACGCGACUAGAGGCGGAAGAGGAGAAUGAGGAUGCUUUGGUAUCUCGAAUCCUUUCGGCAGACUCCACUAGACUGGCGUCGAUUCGUGAGUCUAUCAGGGCCAGUCGCGCGUGUCUUUUGCUUCUUAAUCUGAAGCAAUACCUCAAGGAAGUCUAUGGAAUCACCGACAGCAAAAUUCAAAAGUUUUCACCUUCCGAUUCGGGUAAGCUGUGGGAAAAGCAGUUGACACGUAAGAGUGGUGUUCGUUUCUUCCCUGCGCUUUGUCUACGAUCGGCUACUGAAGAACUAAGAUCUGAUGCAUGUGGAACCCUUUUUGCUCCCGACAAAUCGGCUAUGCAUUCGGGCAUCACACAUCAUACCGCACGAGACUUGGUUUUGGAGUUCUUUGAGUUCCGCAAACUUAUUCUUUCUAUCGAUCCGCCCGAUGAAGACGGCUUUGAUGCUACCGCAAAUUCCGCUGCUAACGCCGAUGGUCUUGGAGGCGACGAUAGGCAAGCUGUCAUGACAAUGGAUGAUAUCCCACUUCGGUUGGGGCCUGAUCGAUCUCUGGUACCACAAUCGCACAAUCGGUCGUCGGAUGAAGAGGACGAUUCAGCAGAUUCUGAUGUCGGUGGUGCAUCACGUCUUCUUUUGGCUCAGUCUGCGCCACAAAGGCGGCGUGCGGUCGUAGGAGCAGCAGGAGGCAGUGGUGGGGUUGGUAGUGGCCUCGGCCGAAAUUUGCGAGCUUCUCGUCCCUCUGGAGGCGGUGGUGGUACGGUGUCAACGCCUGUAUUGAAGCGGAAAAGUGUUAGACAACCCCGAGUUCGGUCUGCCUACAUCUCCAACAGCGAAUCGGAAUCCGAGGCUGAGACGCUGUCUUCAGAGGAGGAAUCGGGUUAG